AUGCCGACGGUGAUGCUGAUGGUGAAGAUCGUGUUGACGACGGUGGCCAUGGUGAUGCUGCUGAUGAUGUCGAUGAUGAUGUUGGUGUCGAUGGCGAUGAUGUGCACAGCCGUGUGCCCCGAGGGCUGGGUCCCGUUUGCGGGCCGCUGCUACUGGGUGGUGACAAGCCUCGUCCGGAGAACAACGUGGAACGAGGCCCUGUUCACCUGCCAGAGGGUCGGCGCCCAGCUGCUGUCCAUCAACAGUGUUGAUGAACAGGACUUCAUCAACUCUCUGAUUCCUGACCUCCAGAACAACCGAGUCGUGGACUUCUGGAUCGGAGCGUCCGACAAGGAGCGCGAUGGCGAGAUGAAGUGGUCCGACGGGACGGCCGUGUCUGGGUUCACAAAUUGGGCUGCCAAUCACCCCCGCAACACGCCCGGCCGAUGGGACUGUGGGCAGAUUUACACUGGCUCAGAAUCGGGCAAGUGGGAGACGACCGACUGCAUCAAGGUGCAGAGCUUCGUGUGCGAGGUGCACGGGGGACAAGUGGUGCUGCCCACGGCCUCGCCAGGUGAGCACGCGCGUGCGCGCGUGCGUGCGGACAAUCCUGAAUUACCGCUCCGUGAUAUCGCUUCCCCCUGUAGGGCUGAACUUCGGCCGGAUCUGUGCGGUCUGACGACACGGCACACCACAUCUCAUCACACCUCUCGCUAUGCCUGCGGCUACCAGUCACACUGCACACUCCGGUCUACGAGUGACCCGGGAAAUAUUUGUUGAGCGAUUGAGCCACGCGCCCCCAC